UGAGAUCUAGAAAGCGUUAGUCGAGAAAUUUUUAGCGGAGACUGCUCGUUUUCGUUCUGGGUUUGAUCCCCCCUUCUUCCUUUCUCUCUCUCUCUCUCUGGUGCCCUUUCUCUCUCUCUCUCCUCCGUUCUUCAUUUCCCGCCUAGAUCCAGGAAAAACCCUUGCUAGAACCCUGAACAUAGAUCGAUUUUUCCUUAUAUCGAAGGGCUUUUGGGGUUUUUCUCCAGAAAAAGGAGGAAUCGAGCCCAGAAUUUCUGGAAGAAUAUCUGAUUAGUUUGGAAAAUUUCGGAUAUUUGGGUGGUAUCGGAACCCCUGGAAUCGCUUCUGGUUGCUUCUUCCCUCUUUUUUCUUCGAAUCAUUCCUGACUAGUGGAGCUUCGGAUUUGGGUUUUCUCCCGAUGAAUCCAUCGGAAGUCGCUCGUCGGCGGCUUCAGGUGGCCCGCGCGAAGUUAUCUGAGCACGUGGUGGCCACGAGGAAGACGGUCCCGGCGGCGAAGGCCGACGGGAGGUCGACAAGGAGGCGGGUUGUGAGGGUUUACUUCACGGAUGCGGAUGCUACUGAUUCGUCGUCGAGUGAUGAAGAAAUCGACGGCCGUAUCGCGCGGAGAAGAGUAAAGAGGCACGUGCACGAGAUCGGGAUCGAGGUCGCCGCCGCCGCCGCCUCGUCGGCCCGGCGGAGAGCGGUGGCGCCGCCGCCGAAACUGAUGGAGAAAGCACCGGAGCGGCCGGAGUGUGGGAAGAGGUUCCGCGGAGUGCGGCGGCGGCCGUGGGGCCGCUGGGCGGCGGAGAUCCGUGACCCGACGCAGCGAAAGCGGGUGUGGCUCGGGACCUUCGACACCGCGGAGGAGGCCGCUACCGUGUACGACAGCGCCGCCGUCCGGCUCAAGGGGGCCAAGGCGGUGACCAACUUCCCUACCGAGAAAACAUCGCCAACCCCCGCCGCGUCGGCGGAGGCGGUGGCCGUCGACGGGGAGCCGAGCAAGAGCAGCAGGAGCGGCGGCGGUUGCUCCGACGACCCUCACCCCUCGCCGACGUCGGUGCUCCGGUACGGCGGGGACGAGAUGCCGUUCGACUGGAUGGUCGACAGCGGUAAGGACAUCUACGGCUUCAGUUUGGAGCCGUCGUUAUGUCUAACGGACUUCUACUGGCAGCGGCCGUACUUUUGGGAGGCGGACUUCGGCGAGUUAGACGCCGACGUUAAUUUUUUCUUAGAAAAUGGCGAUUUUAACCUUUCCUGAUGCGGCGAGUUUUGUUAGUAAAAGUGAGUGGCGGGAUUUUUAUAGUUUGUUAUUAUUAUUUAUAUUUAUUAUAAAGAAAAGUCGUUAAUUUAGUGCAUGGCUUUUUGGGGCUAAGAGUGAAGUGAGUGUGGGAAGGGGAGGGGCUUUCCGUGAGCCUCACGCUUUGUCGUGGAAAAUAUUGGGACGAGUCUAUGUAAGACAAAGAAAAGUAUGUCUAUGAUAAUAAUAAAUAUUUUUCUGGAGUCAAGAGUGUCAAAAAAAAAAAAAAAAAAAGAAAAGAA